AUGUACGAGAAAAUUGAUGAAUUUGUAGGAUAUGUGCUAUCUAAUGAUUACAAAUCAUUAAAGAAAAAGGAAAAAAGUAUCUCAAUUGAUGCUACUUAUUAUAUUCAACUUCCUACAUAUUCUCAAAAUAGAGAACCAGGUACAAGCCUACUUCAUUUAGCAGCAUUUGCAAAUUCACUCGAAUGCGUUAUCAUGUUGCUAAAAAGAGGCUUUGAUAUCUUUAAAACAGACACACUUGGAAGAACACCUUUAAAUUUGGCUGCUUUAGGUGCGUCUGUCGAAGUUAUGUCAUUCAUACUUAGAAUUUAUGCUAAAGAAAAUAAAUUAGAAGAACUAUUUCGUCAAUGCUACAAAUUAGAUAAUAUGGAAACAAAUUUAAUUAUUUCUGCAUCGAAUGGAGGUUGUGUAGAUAUCUUUAGACUAUUUGAAAUAUACGGAUUCAAAUUAUAUAGCUUUUCAAAGCAGAGUAAAACUAUUUGCGACAUUUGUAUCGAGAGAUUAGCGAAAAAUUCACAUAUAGAAGCUUUAAAGUAUGUACUAGAUAGAAUAGCAGAUGAUGGCAUAUCUUCCAACGACAAAACUCCUAUAAUGACUGCGAUUAUCAAUCGAAACUUCGAAGCAGCCAAAGUCUUGAUACCGCAUUCAGAUCUAAACAAAGUUACGAAAGACAACAAGACUGUUUUAUCCUAUGCUUGCUUUAUUGGCAAUGCAGAAAUGGCAAAAAAUUUAAUUCCUAAAAUUGAUUUCAUCGAUAUACCAAAAGACGUCAAAAGCAAGGGAGCUGCUCAUUGGAUAUGCCAACUCAAAGAUGUAGGAGUUGCAAGAAUGGUUUUGGAAAGAGGAAUCGAUGUAAAUCGUCGUGAUGAGAAUAAUAACCCUUGCGUAUCAGACCUUAUAAUACGAAACUCACAAGCAGAUGAAGAAUCUGCUUUUGAGAUCUUGAAAAUGCUGAUUCAAUAUGGAUUUGAUAUUCACGCCACAGUUCCAGAGAAACCAUCAAUACUUGAAAUCUUUGUACUCAAUCUGUCACCUCAGCCUCAAAUUAUUGAUUAUUUGUUGUCUCUCGGAGCUGAUGCAAAUAAAGUUUGCGAAACUUACGGAAUGGCAGUGAAAAAGAUAGAAACUAUUAAAGAAAAAUUGAAAGGCAAAUGUAGAAACCCUCAAAUUGCCAAAAUUUAUCAAAAAUAUUUUGGUCAAAAAUGA